AUGUUCGUUUAUCGCAAGGAGGACCUUCCCAAGGAUCCUGUGUUUCCCGCCGAACUCGAUAAGCUGGGCUACUUCAUCAAUGACAAUGAUCAAAUCAGGAAGAUAUCAGACCAAGAGAAAGAGUUCCAGUUCAAAAUCAACAGAAACCCCCGCUGGAACGAGCUACAAAGAGAGGCAAUGAAUGAAUGCAUCCGCAAACUCGUCUCAACUCGUCUCCGCAACCUCGGUCUCGUUACCUUGCAUCUCCCCCUAAACUCCGGCCCAACAAAACCCCACGUCCCCAUACUCGUCUCGAAGAACCUCUCAACCGCCUCACGCAUCAUCCUCGUCUUCGGAGAACCCAUCCAGGACCUAGGGAUCUGGGCAUACCGCACCGUCGGCGCCGAGAACAUAAACGCCGGCUCAGCCGUUGACUUUGCCAAAGCGAUUUUGGAGCAUGGGGAGAAGGAGAAAAAAGAUCGGAAGGGAGAUGUGGCGCUUGUUCUUGCGAACACGGGUCAGUUGAUCUGGCACUGUGCGUCUGGUCGUGCGCUGAGUAUCAACUCGUGGCUGGCCCAGCCUCGUCCUUCGGCGGUGGAGUCGGCGCCUGGAGAGACGAAGAGAAAUAAGAUUCCUGGCAACGAGAAUUGGCAGGCGCAUAUCGGUUCUGUCUUCAAUGGGAUCUUGUCGGCGAGGGGACAGCUCGUUCGCAAGGACGCGAAGAUCGAUGUCAUCGGCCUGGCCGAGGGAGGGCUAGGUGCGAUUCGAUAUGUUGCACUCAACUGGAACACUUGGCGCUCCCACAUAUCCGCAAUCUGCCUCGCGAACCCACUCCACACAAAGACCGUAGACCUAGUCCCGUCCUACGGCCAACCCAGCGGGCCCGACUCAUUCGCCGCAUUCAUUGCUUCGCGUUGCCGCGCAUAUCUUCUCUCCAAUGAACCUCUGGGACUCCCGCUGUUCGACGCCCCGGAACAUGGAUGUAACUGCUAUUCGUCUGGGGAAGGGCUGAAUGUGGAGUGUAUCAUGCCCAAGGCCUGGCGGCAUAUGCUGAAAUGGUUGGAUCGUGCAUAUGCAGAGCCGGGGUACUGCGAGGAGCAGCUUGAGGUUGUCCAGGUUGCCCCCAAGUGUGAUGCGACGGGUCCUGAGGCAGGUACUGAACGUCGAGACUGA